AUGCAACUACUGGUUGAUAUGGAUGAGAGAUUCUGGAAGAUUGAAGAGUGCAGGAACAAAGAAGUGAAAGCUGAAUGCCUACAAAAAGUGAAAAUAUUGAAAAUCAAAUACCGCUCAUACGUGACUUUUCUCUUCAGCUGCGGUCUCUCAUAUUUUUACGGAAGAUUGAUCGAAAACAGAACAGCAGUGGAAGAUAAUUUGAUCUUCGAGUCUUACCUACCAGAGGGUGUCCCAUUUUGGGUUAUGUUCUUAUGGAUGCAUAUCCCUAGCUACGGCUUAUCGCUGCUAGAUAUUACUAUAGAUUGCACCGUAUUCAGCAUCAUGUCACUUACUGCCAUACAGUUCAAGCUUUUAGCAUACGAGAUGCAAAACAUUUUUGCUGAAGCUACUGAUUAUUUCACCAUAAAGGAUAAUUUCAAGACUCUCUUAAACGACACCUUAUCAACAAUGAUGCUUAUGUACCUUGGAAUGGUUAUAUUGAUUCUGUGCCUAGAGAUGUACUAUAUUAUGACGAUGGAUUCUUUCCAAGAAAUCGCCCGUGCAUUUUUUUAUGCUGCAUUGAUAUUUUUCGAGUUCCUCAUUUGUUAUUGCGUUCCUUCCCAGGACAGAUGGUACGAACACGUGGGUAGCACCGCACCAUACGGUAAAGCAAUGGUGUUACUUCAAGGAAAAAGUCAAAUGAGUGUCAUGCUCACAGCUGGUGGCUUUCUCAACAUGGACCUGCAAACAGGACUAGCGACUUUGAAGACGAUGGUUUCCUACAGCAUGUUUUUGAAAACUAUGGCGGGGCUUGAAGAUGACAUGAAAUAA